UUAGAUUUAUUAAAUACGAACAAGUUUGGAACGUUUGCACAAAAUCUGCCGAAGGACAUUGUUGCACAAAGCAAAUGUCUGGGUUCGUUGGACUAUUAUGACCGUCGCCGUUUCCGGGACAUUUUUUACGACAAUAUAGCAGACUAUUUCAAUCAGACGUUAUCCGGCCGGGAGGCCUUCUUCUGUGGCCAUUCUCAGCUAGACCAGGGUAAUUUUAGUUCUGUAUGCAGGGAAUCCGAAGCGAGUGUUAUGGUGUGUAGAGACAAGUCGGAGCAUUGGCAGGUACUUGGCCUUCCGUCAGACUUCAUCCCUCGAGAUUGUAGCUAUACAAUAUACAGCAGUGUCUCCCACGAAAGAGACUGGAUUGCAGAAACCACAGCCUGUCCUUUUUCCUGUGGGAGCACGUGUGUGUACAACGUGGAAAAAAUCUGUGACGGUACUCCGGACUGCCCCCAGGGUGAGGACGAAGGUGAUGUGUGUGAACCGUCUGUGGAUUGUUCCUUCAGCUAUUCAAAUCUCUGUGGUUAUAAAAAUGUGGGCGAGCCCUUCUCAGUGUGGGUAAGGGCGUCUUAUGAUAUGUUUAUCAUGAAGUAUAUGGACCUUAUCAACCGGAAUGCGUUCUACGAUAAGGAUAACACAACUUAUGGCACCUAUUUGAUGGUGUACAGCCGUUACGUACGUUUGGAUCCCGCUAUCGUGGAGACUGCACGGCUUCCAGAGCCACUUGAUCAAACACGGUGUUUGAAAUUCCACCUGAGCAUCACCGUACCCAGAAACCAGAACCGGGAAGCCAGGUUUGUGGUCGUUGGGGUGAGGGACGGUCAGGGCAUAGAGUUACUGAGUCUUAGCGGUGAGCGCAACUAUAUCUGGGAGGAUAUGUCAGUGGUCGUUCCCAGUGGAGCGCAAAGUCUCCGGUUUAUCGCCACAAAGCCAGAGGACAGUUUCAUGGCUAUUGACGACGUUCAGCUGACAGCGGGAGAUUGCUGGACCUCGACUUGCGCAGAAGACGAGUUCAAGUGCUGGUCAGGACCGUGUGUUAAGAAUUCUAGUGUUUGUGAUAAUGUGUAUGACUGUGUGGAUGGAAGCGACGAGAAAAACUGUGACUUCUCUGUGAGCUGUGACUUCGAGACUCCAUUUCUCUGCGGUUACAAGAACGGGUCUGUUGCCAACAGCUGGAACUGGGGGUUAUCUAGCGACGCUAAAAGUCCGUCGGAACACGUGUUGUGGGUAAACGGUGGACACAAUCAAAGAGCUGUGCUCCUGUCACCGUCUUUCACCGCGAAUGAGGAGAGCUGCGUGUAUUUUCGCUACAUGCUGUCGGGAGACAGACAACGCACAGCGGACUGGUCAAGUAGUCUGCAAGUGUUCACAUUUUCUGAUCAUCAAAAGAGACUCGUCUGGAGACUCUGGCUCCCUUCUGCUGGCGCCUGGCGCCUGGCUCAGAUCCCACUACGGCCAGAGACAGACGGAACAGUUUACUGGUUAAGUUUCGAAUCAGACUUGGGCCGGUACUAUGGUCAAAGUGUCCUCCUAGAUGAUAUAAAAGUAACUCGGGGACCAUGCAACAUUAAUGUGACGGCUUGUGGUCCCGGGGAGUUUCUUUGUGAUACUGGGGAAUGUAUACAGGACAGAUUCGUCUGUGAUUCAAUAGCGCAUUGUCCAGACAGAAGCGACGAAAACCGUGACUGCAGCGAACCUUUACAUCCUAUCCGUCUCGUAGGGGGUGGAUAUCCCACACAAGGUCGCGUGGAGAUUCUUAACGCUGGGCGCUGGGGGUCAAUAUGUACAAGAUACUUCGACCCUAGUGAAACAGCAGUCAUCUGUAGAAUGCUGAAUUACAGCAUACCUGCCUUUGGUGGUGGCAGUGUCUCUUUCGGAAUAGGUCCUCCAUUCUGGACAGGGCCCUUAUAUUGUCGAGGAGACGAAGACAGACUGGAAAAGUGCAACACGGACACCGGGAGAUGGGAUAAACGAUAUUGUUCUAUAUACUCUUUGGCCGGAGUGGUUUGUGUAGAUCCUCCUAUGCCCGGUGUGUCCAAUUUCAGACAAAACAAUGUUCGCUUGGUGGGUAACAACGGUUGGGAAGGACGGCUGGAGAUCUACCAUGACGGUGAAUGGGGGAGUGUGUGUAAUAGAGACUGGGACCUGAAUGAUGCCAUGGUGGUGUGCAGAAUGAUGGGAUACGGGCCAGAAGCUGAGAUUCUCUCCAAUCACAGUCGAGGGUCCACAAGGAAGAUUUGGAUGAGUAACGUCAAUUGCCGAGGCAUUGAGACGCGCUUGGAGAAUUGUCGCUUCUCUGGCUGGGACAGCAACAGAUGUAACCACAACCAGGAUGUUGGGGUCAGAUGCCUGGGCGGACCAGGAGUUGCCCAGGAGACAUCUCCCAGAAAGCCAUCGGAGCGAAUCCGCCUGGUGGGCGGGGCGGCAUCGAAUGAAGGUCGGGUAGAGGUUCAGUUUGGACAGGUUUGGGGAACAGUCUGUGACGACUUCGUCACUCAGACGGAAGUCAAUGUGACGUGCAGGACGCUGGGGUACAGCGGUGGAGGCGAGAAACUUGUCAACGCCAUUCCAGGAAGCGGGCAAAUAUGGCUGGACGAUCUCAGGUGCCCCGGGGCCACCACUUCUCUAUUCUCCUGCCUUAAUUCAGGCAUCGGUGUUCACAACUGUGACCAUCUAGAGGACUUGGCUGUUCACUGCUACUAA